UUUUGCUAGAAAAUAUAAACUUUACUUCCUUCAUUCAAAAGCAGACGAUUCGAGGUUCAUCAGGUAGACGACACUCUAAGAUUAUCGUUGUUGCUUGUUUCUAUUCUAUUCUACCCAUAGCCGGUAACUGUUUAUCUAUGGCGACCGAACCAAAAGCAGCCACCGAGGACGUCAAGAUCGAUCUCUUCGAAGACGAUGAUGAGUUUGAAGAGUUUGAAAUAAAUGAAGAGUGGGAUGACAAGGAGGAAGGGAAAGAAGUGACUCAACAGUGGGAGGAUGAUUGGGAUGAUGACGAUGUUAGCGAUGAUUUCUCUCUUCAGCUGAGGAGGGAGUUGGAGAACAAUGCUGAUAAGAAUUAAACCACCUGCUGAUUACUAUAGCUUGAUAUAACGUAUGCGUUGUUAUGACUUUGGGUGUUUGAGCUCUAGGUGUUUUCUUGCCUGCAAAAGAAAUGAAAACUAUGCCUUGUUAGUAAGCAAGUGUAAGACAGUAAGAACAUAACAUAAGGACAUAAUUCUUCUGUUCUUUCUUAAAUAGCAUCUGCAUAGAAGUUAUUGAGUGCUUGUAAUUGAACUGAAUUCUUUCUAAUUAGUUGGCAUUUGGCUGGCAACUUCUGA